AAUAAACCCAAACAGAUCUGCGGUAGUCAUGGUCACACAUAGCAGCACCAGGACUGAGAGGGAGGAGGCCAACUGUCUUUACCCCCUCCCCAAACUCAUCUGCGCACAUUUCCCCCCCCCACACUGAGCCGGCGUUGAGCUCUGUAGAACAGCUUCUUCAUCUGAGCCUUCAUCGCUGGGGAGGAGCCGUGGAUCUGUGAUGCUCAGGCGGUUCGGCAGCUUCCGAACAGUCAAACAAGGAGUCAGGUUAAACUGAUGGAUGACAACAAGGAUGAUUGUCCUUCUGGCUUCUCACAGCUCUUCAUCCAAGAGGAUGACUCUAACAGAUCCAUCAUGGAACAGGGAGAGUGCAGCGAACAGCCACCAGGGCGUGGUUCAGGAGAAGCACGGCUCAAAGAAUCUUCUCAGGUGAAGCCAUAUCUGCAGGAGAUGGACGUCUUACUGAAGAGCUGCUCAGAGCUGACUGGAAUUUCCCACAAGUUAGUGAGCGAAAGUGAAAUGAGUGACGGGUCGGAUGAGGUUUCAGGAGAAGCUGCUGAAGGAUCAUGCAGGUCUUUCCAGGCUUAUCUGUCCACCAGCUACAUCGACACACAUAUAGACGGAGCUGGAGCAGAAGUCGCAGCAGAACCGGGACUCGGCGGAGGCGGCGCCACAGAAGCUUCUCCCCUCACUUCAGCGGGAAACAGACUGAGUCAAAGCAUGGUGGAGUAUGAAGGACAGCUCAUGGGGAUGCUGGCCAUGCUGGAGAGGUGCAUGGAAGAGGCUGGCAUGGACUUUGAGCCCCAAGACUGGACGCCAGAUUCAGCUCAGGAGUAUGUGCACAUCAGCAAGAGCCCUCGUAGGUACAGAGGCACCACCCUUGGAGCUUUAAUCCAAGAAGGGAUGGAGACCGAUCCAAAGUUUGAAUCCUCUGGAGAAGGAGACACAGUGUCCACAGAGGAUGAGAGCAGAACAACUCUGAGUAGAAACCAGGAGAGUCCUCCACUCAGCUGGGAGAAGAUGGACCGCAUUGCAAAGGAGAAAUCAGAAGGUCUUCAUCAUCCACACUUUAUGUUUUCAGGUCUACUGCUGUCUACAGGACAAACUGAGGAACAUUCCCGGUCCUGUGAUGACACACCAGAACCAGAUUUUAUUGACUCACGGGAAGCUGAGAGCCGUGAAUUCAGAGAGACGUUCGGUCAAGAAUCCACUCUGAGUCACUCAGGAAAGCUUGAUUCUCAGAUGGACGUCUGCAUAGAGAGAGUGCAGCAGCUGGAGAGGAAGAGGAGGGAGCUGCUGGUGGAGGUCCUCCAGCUUCGAAGCCAGAAAGAUGAAGAGGAGGAAGACGGACAGAACCGACAUGAAGAGGAGUCAGAGGAGUUGAUGGAAAGCAAGGUGGUGGAGUUGAUGAACGCUUUCAAGAAGGAAGAGGAGGCGAGACGAGAGGAGAGCAAAAGAGAGAUUCAAGGUCUGAAAGAAGAGAGAGCUGAGGAGGAGAAGAAGGUGUGGAAGGUGGACCUGGAGAGGCAGGGGCUGCAGGAGCAGAUCCGGACACUAAAGACCAAGCUCUUCUCAAUGGUCAGGGACUGCGUGUACAGCCAGGCAGCUCUGAACCACCAACGCCGUGAGGCGGAGCUGCAGAAGAGAGAGGAGGAGAGACUAAACGGCCUGCUGCUCCAGCUGAAAGAGGAAGGCUGUCGGCUCAGAUCGGCACAUCAGCAACAUCUCAAGGAAUUGCAAACACAGCUUCAGGCCCUGAACUCAAAGACCUGCAGCUCUCAGGAAGAGCUGGGCAGGUGCUGGAGGCGCUCCUGUGGAGACGUGGAGGAGUUCCUGCAAAGGGAGCGCAAAGCACUGGAGGACAGGUUUGAGCCCGUUUUGCUGGCCUUGUUGAAACGGAGAGAUGCAACAGCCGGUGCUCUGCUGAAGGCAAAGGAGCAGAGCCAGGAGCUGAGGGGGCAGCUCACUCCUCUGAGAGAGGAGGUCCAGAAACUGCUCCUGCAGAGGGCCUGCUUAGGGGAGAAAGCCAAACUCAUUGAAGUUCAGCGGCAGGAGGAGGCGGAUGGCUUCAAGGAACGACUGUUCCAUCUGGAGGAGAACAGAAGAACCCUGAAGACGGAGUUGGAAAUUCAGAGGAGAAAAAACAAAGAGAUGGAGGAGACGAGGGAGCUCCUCACCAAGCAGCUCCUGCUUCACAGGGCCGUAAAUGACGAGGGAAACAAUCAAGAGGAGAAAAGCUGAUCUUCUCUGUGUCUUCAUGAGUUUAUUUGUAUUUUUUAAUCCUGUGGAACUUAUGUAUGCACUUUGAUACAAAAAAGAGAAAGUUUGCUUCAAACUGUUGUUUCUUGCAGAGAGUUUUUUUUUUGGAGGGGGGUGAAUAAAAGCCUGUGUUUAUUUUA